ACAGAUUAGUCUGUGCUGUCUCAAAAGUUUAUCCUAUAGGGAACACUAUGACGGAUGACAUUGGCCUAAUUUGAAGGUGUCAGAAAAUGAGGGCCAGGGUAAAUGGAGGAAUCUUGGUAUCCACUGCUUUAUUUUAUUGGAAAGCCAGACUGUGCAGGACAUAGCAGGAAAUAAAGUCUUCGAUGGACAACAGUCCACAUGCACAAGCAAAUAAACCGUUCUGUCCUGAUUCUGGGUCAGCGUGAUGUGAUCUCCUCUACUUACCAAGAUAGCUUAAGCUGAUCAGAAGUGGAAGUGUCUUUAUUGGGGAUCAGUCUCCACGCCCCACCAUCUGGAGGUGAUCCUGAAGGCAAAGGCACUAAACCCGAAGCGUUCAGUUCAUCCACAGACAACAAACCCUUUAGAUGGUUCUUUAAAUCUCAAAGAGUGACCCAUUCCCUCCAUCGGCUGCCCAGUGACCAGUAGGGCAAGAUGGCACGGGACAUGUCCGAUGCCGAGAUCAUGAAAAUGGAGCUGGAACAGCUUCAGAAGGAGGUGAAAACCACUAGAGAGCCUGUCUCCAAAACCGCAAAGGAGAUUUGUGAAUGGGUUGAGGGCCAAUCUGCAGAAGAUCCUCUGAUUAAGGGUGUCCCUGAGGACAAGAACCCCUUUAAAGACAAGGGUGGAUGCAUAAUAACUUAGCCCAUGUAGUAUCUUGUGGACUGUUUUGACUAGUGAAGAAGAAACGCUUGUGAUGAUCGGAAUUGCUGCUCUUCCUUUAAUAAUGAAGAUAUUCUGUAUACAUUCUCACAAUAUUUACAUUUAAUGCAAAGUUUUUAAUGGGUUUAUUAAGUAGCCUAGGCUACAUGAUGAAAUAUAAAAAAAAAUAAAAGGUAAAAGCUGCAUCAAUUGUAC